AUGAGUCUGAACACACCUCUUAAGAUCUCCUACAAAGAUCAAAUCCGAAAACUAAAAAGAAUCCCACACACAAUAGAAGACCUCAGACAAGAAAUCGCCAAGCUCUAUGGCCAUGCCAAUUUCAGAAUCCGGUACCGAGAUGAAGAAAAUGAUAUGAUCACCAUUUCUUGUGACCAGGAGCUUCAAGAUGCUUACAACACGGCUACGAGGCUAAAGUUGCCAAGCUUUAAAGUUAUUUUGGAUGAAGAAAUCCCUCCUAUUGAAUCUGUUGAAGAAAUCCCUGAAAUAAUACCAAAAUCAGAAUUUGACUGGAUUUUUGACGAUAAAUGGAAUGGGUAUGUAAAGGACAUGGUUAGGACUGAGCUGGAGAAGACAAUGGGGUACAAGACUUCUGAAGGGACGAUUUGGGAAAAUUAUUCUUGUGGAGGAUGUGGGAAAUCUCCGAUUAUUGGAGCAAGAUAUCACUGUACAGUUUGUAGUAAUCUAGAUUACUGUGGGCUUUGUGAAGACACUCUUAAGCACCCUCAUCCUUUUUUGAAGCUGAAAUCAUUAGAAAAUCCAGUUUCUUUUAUAAAAGCUCAACUUUCUCCACAAGCCCUUCCUCAAGUCCAAACUUCACCUCCACCAGUGCAAACCUUCCCUCCUACACCUUUCGAAACCUUCCGUCCUCUGCCUUUCGAAGCCUUCCGUCCUCAGCCUUUCGAAACCUUCCGUCCUCGGCCUUUCGAAACCUUCCCUCCUCGGCCUUUUGAAACCUUCCCUCAUCCGCCUUUCCAAACGCUUCCUCCUUUUCCUCCACCUGUCCAAACCCCUCCAUUUCCAAGCAGAAAAUGAUUCUGCUCCAAGCCCGAAAAUCCUCGUAAAUGCUGCUUCAUGAAAAAAACCUGAAAAAACAUCAAAAAACUUGUGAAACCCAAAAAGCCAAAAAUGCAAUUUAUCAAUCAUGUAAAUAUGAAAGAAUGCGGCACUUUUGAGCCAGGGUCAACAGUCUUCAAAAUUUGAAAAGUCAGAAAUGACGGACACGAAACUUGGCCUGAUGGGUGUUUAUUGACCCAUGCAAAAGGGGAGUUAGGAGGUGAAAAAACUGCAGUGGUUUCUGCAAAGCCAUAAUUAAAAUAUGGCGUCUCAACUUGGGUCGGGCCUCUCGGCCAGACAGUUUCGAGCCAUAUUUUAAUUAUAUCCGGCAAGUUUUUGCUAACCCUAAAAGGACGGCAAUGCUAGGUAAGAAAUUCUGGUUGUGUUCAGAGCCUAGCCCUUAGUCCACUUUGAGAUUUGAUUUUACCUCGAGGGAAGGGAAGGUUCGGAGUUGGAAAGGACAAGCCCAGCAAAGUCUAGAGGUAAUAUCUAGACCAAUUGGGCAACUGCCUAGCGUGAAACUGGGAGUUUAAGCCCCAGGAACGAAUUUUCCCUUUUGCUGAAAGGACACCAGAAAUUCCAUUUUUUGGAAUUUCUGAGUGGAUAGCCUCGUACUCAAGCAGCAUGCUGCAGAAGUCCAUAGCCCGCCCACUCAACACUUAGGCCGCGGUUCGCCGUGGGAAUGAGUUGGCGUAUGCCCUGAUGGCAUAUCUUUAUGGUAUUUUUGGACUACGCCGCAAAAGCAGGUGAACCUUUGGGGUCCUUGGAGACUGCGUUACCAAUAGGGGAGACCCAAGACUAAUUUCUAAUGUUAAUGUUAAUGUUAAUAGUUUCUGCAAAGCCUGGGGAAGAAAUCGAGAUUGGAGCUCCUAUACAAAUUCCAGAAAAAGAAGGAAGAUAUAAUGGAAUUUGGAGACUUAGCACUCCACUUGGAGUUAAGUUUGGGGAUAAGCUACAUGUGAUUUUGCAGGCUUUGAAAAAAGAGAUGGAAGAUUUAGAAGAGAAAAUUGCGAUCAUUUUUAGUCUUGGGUUUACACAAGAAGAAGCGAGAGAAGCGCUGGAGCAGUCAGAAAAUGAGCUAGAGCUUGCUAUAGCGAAACUUAGAUCCAGUAGAGAAAAUCUAUAA